GCAAGCCGCCGCCGCCGCCGCUGCUGCCAAUGCGCCAGGCUGGCGGCGCAGGAGGAGAUGACGCAAAGGGCCGUGCGCUCCCCCCAAAAAAGUGCUUCUCCCGGACGAAGAUGGCGGCAACUUAGCGCAGGGCCCCAAGAUGAGGGUGGCCCCCGGGCGGCAGGAGGCAGCCAGAUCCGCGCCGCGAGCCGGGGGGGACCGUGCCCGGCGGGAGCCUCAGCAGAAGCAACAACAACAGCAGCAGCAGCCGCCGCCGCCGCAGCGCAGUGGCACCAGCAGCACUAGCAGUAGUAGCAGCAGCAGCAGCAAGAGCAGAGCCAGCCGCAGCAAGAGCCACAGCAGCGGCGGCAGCAGCAGCAACAACCACCUCCAAAGCAGCAGCAGUAGCAGUUUCAGCCGCGGCGCUCCGGAGACUCCUCAGCAGCCCCGGAAACCCGACAAGAAGCAGCCAGCCAGGGGCCAGGGACUCGUCUUGGGCUAGCGGCCCGGCCAGGAAGGGUCCCCCGGCUGGGUCUCCAGGACGCCAGGGUGGGGGCGGGGUGGGGGUGGCGGAGCGCGGCAUGAGGCGAAGGGCGGGAAGCGGUGGGCUGGCCGUGUUGGCGCCAAAAUGGGGGCCCGCGCUCUGACCAUGCCCGGGUGACAGGAAAGGCAGGGGACCGCUACCGGCCCAGCCCAGCGCGCAGGAGCAACAUCACCACCACCACUAGCGCCGCCGCCACCACAAACCCCGUCGUCGCCCUUCGCUGAGGGGGGAGCCUGGCGCCCCGCCGCCCAGAGUCCAUGCCCGUGGGGCCGUGGAGCACGGCUGCGGAGCCCCCCUCGCCGUGGAGGCGGCCGGGGCUGCGCGCUCCCGAAAUAUGAGCAGCUGCCCCACGGGAAGAGCCGGCUCGGGCGUGUGCUUCGGCCCGCGGGAGCCCGACAAGCCCUUCGCUGACUCGGAGCGGGCACAGAAAUGGCGCCUGUCGCUGGCCUCGCUGCUCUUCUUCACCGUGCUGCUCUCCGACCACCUGUGGCUCUGCGUUGAGGCCAGGCAGGUCGCCGCCGGACGCCACCGGGACCAAGAGCACGCGGAGGUAGGCAUGGAGGACGACGAGGGGGCGGCGGUGGCUCCCAGCAGCAGCAGCAGCCCUGCGGCGUCGGCAGGUGGCCAGUGCUUCAGCCUGCUGGGCGACGCCGAGGCUGCCUGUCGCCGCCUGCAGCCCGGCGGCGACUCGGCCCAGGAGGAGCUCUACCUUCCCUUUUGUAAUUCCUACACGCUGCGCGAGCUCUUCGCUGGGCUUUCCCGCCCGGACACUCAGAACUGCACGCUGGACCAAGGCGCGGGCCACGACUACGGAGGAGAUGGGGAUGGGCGCAGCAGGGACGAGGAUUGGCUCCGUUCUUGCCGCCGCUGUGUCCUGGCUUACCAGAAUUACGACCAGCAAGUGCAGGAGCGCUACGGAGAGUUCGAGCUCGUGCUCCAGAAAUACCUACAAGCGGAGGAGUACUCGGUGAAAUCUGGGCCGGAGGAUUGUAAGGACUUUCUCCAUCUGCUGGCUAUGUAUGUACCAGCAGAGAUUUUUCUCCUGACAACAGAGCCACAUGCUGUCAUUGGAAGGUCCCUGGACAGUAAAGCUUUUUGAGCAGAUUGAAAGAGAGAGAGAGCACAAGGCAACAGUUGCUCUCUAUGAAGUUCAGUAAAGCAGAGAGAAAGCAGUGAAGCGGAAACCUCAUUUGGAUCUGAAAUACCUUUCCCCCCUCUUCAGCGUCCUUCUAGCUUCAUCUCAGACUGAUCGGCCUGUUCCUUCAGCAGUCUCAGAUGCACAAAGGAGAGUAAUAAAUGUACAGUCCAUGUCUGUGAUGGUGGGUUUGGUUCGGGGCACAGAAAAUAUUCAAGGUCAAUAUGCAGAGGGAAAAGAGAAAGAGAAACCUUUUGAAGUACAGUUCCUAAGGCCUGCCACAGCAAAUGGUGAUAGAAAGCAGUAAGAUAUUUGUUUCAUUUUGGAAGUUCCUUUUGAAAGCUUGUGUUCCAGAGGAUAUUCAGCUGAAGAAGUCUCUAGGAUACAGAGAACUUUGGACAUUAAAGGAGCAAUCAACUUGCAUCAAUGAAUUCACUUCCUAAGCGGCUUUUCCAUCUUGUCUAGCAAUAUUUAUGCAUUCAGGUCAUCCACACAGUCAAAAACUGUGUUCUACCCGGGCUUGGGAGCUGUGUGUGUUCCCAAUUUCCAGUUGUGUGUUAGGAGGAAAACCUGGGUAGAAGUAAUUGUGUGGAAACAAGGUAGGAGGAAAACCUGGGUAGAAGUGAUUGAGGUGAUUCUCAUGACCACAGGAAAGUGCUCCAAGGGAUCCUAGCCUGCUUUCCUGUGGUCGUGUGCUGCAAUAGGAGCUGCAUGGCUCCUGGCGGCAAACCACAGUAAGUACCUCUCCCCUUAAACAAGGUUAGAGGACUGAGUGCUCCACUAAACCAGUUCAUUUGAUCGUGAGAUGCCUUGGUGUGGCUUCGUGCCAUGGCGACUCAUGAGGAGACCCCUGACUGGGAGGCUAACACAAGCCUCCCGGCCUCGAGGGUCUCCCCAGAAUGCCCCAUGCACUUGUGCAGGGUGUCCUGGGACUUCCAGGGGCUGGGCGGCCUUUCAUCCCUGCCGCCCUUACCGGCUCCGUGACAGAGCCAGUAGUCAUGUCGGCGGCUGAUCUGGCCGCCCAGGGACGGCUCCCUGCUUGUCUUUGGGGAAAGCGUGCUACUGCUCUUCCUGCAGAGCCUGGUAAGGCUCUCCACACUGCUGUUCUGGAGAAGCCUCAUUGUGUGGAAGCAUGGUAGGAGGAAAACCUGCGUAGCUUUUCCUCCUGCCUUGCUUCUACACAACUGAAAACUGGGAACACACACAGCUCCCAAACCUGGGUAGAAUACAGUUUUUGAUUGAGUGAAUGACCUCAAUGACUAUAGUUCUGGGUGUUUCUGAAAUUGCUUUCCAUGAUGUCAGGGAAGCAUGCAGCACGUGCCUUUCUCCAUACCAAAACUUAGAGGUCACUAGCAAGUAGGCUUUUGUUGUCUGUGGUCUUUAAGUAAAAGGACUGUGGUUUUACAAUUUAUACUAUA